ACUUGCAGUGCAAAGACCACAAGCAAGAAGACUCCGAAGCCGGGAGUAGAAUUACCAACAAUUUUUCUGGAGCUCAGAGAGAAAAGACAAGAUAGACCACAGCUUUUGGUUCUACGGACUGUCUGUUGGAGCUCCAAUACAACCAAUUUAUCACUUCGCUAUACACCAGUUUCUCUGGAUAUAGCAGCUAAACAAAGUUGGUAGUAAACUCUUUGGAGUUUGGUUAGAGUCAUAUUUUUUCUUUGCUUGUGAGAGUGGACUGCACUGAAACUUGGGAUCGACCCGUCUGGGGUUGCGCUUGUUCCUGGCUCUUUUCAGCGGCUGCGAACACUGCAAAAGUUUUUGGCCAGAUCUGAAGACUUCGAGUCGAGUCAGACUUUUGAGUACACACUCAGCAGCUGCUACCCGAGCUGCUCCAACACACCUGGCCGACCGGAUAGAGAGCAACUGACAAGACUUCAACAAAAGGUUUUCAUGACAUGACAGAUUGUCUGAUGCACUAAAGUCUACAAGUUCUUCAGAGGGGUAUCAUAGAUACGUCAAAAGAUCUGAAACCAGUGCAAUAACUUAAAGAAGUCAAAGAAGAAACCUUGUCAAACCAGUAAUCACAGAAACCUCCAUCUAAGCCGACCCAAUGGCGUGGUCAGCUCUUACCGGCCCCUGUGUGGCCCUCGUACUGCUUUUAUUCGGUUUGAUCUCCUGCACUCCCUCCGGGCCAGCAUCCCCGACCUGUGCCACCCUGGAACAGAGUCGCUUCUUUGGUGUAUUCUCCUCUACGUCUACACUGCACUCCACACCCUGCUCCUGGACCCUGCAGAACCCUGAUCCUCGCCGCUACAACGUCUACAUGAAAAUCACCAAGCCAACCGACUCCUGUGUGCCCCGCCAGAUCAAGACCUUCCAGUUCGACUCCUUCAUCGAGACCUCUCGCACCUAUCUGGGCAUGGAGAGCUUCGACGAGGUUGUCAAGCUGUGCGACGCAUCAACCACUGUCACCUACCUGGAGUCCAGCAAGCAGUUCUUGCAGAUUCGCAAGGUGGCCUCAAGAAACGGCGUGGAGAUGUUGGAGGAGCAGAAUGAUGUCAGUGAGUUCAAGGCUGAGUUUCUGGUCGUGGGGAAGAGGAACCCAAGUAUGCCUGCCUGUCAGAUGCUGUGCCAGUGGCUGGAGAAGUGCCUGUCAAGUAGUACCCAUGAUUAUCCCUGUGGCAUCAUGAACACACCCUGCCAGUGCUGGGAGGCCCCAAAGAGGAAGCCAGGAAGCUGCUACAGAGGCGGUGUCUACGUUGAGAAAUGCCUUCCCGUUCCCAGAGACAGUGCACGCGAUGCUGAGAUUAUCAAGAGCUGGGCUGGUUGGGGCCGUUGGUCAGUUUGCAGCCAGGAAUGCGAUAGUGGAGUCCAGGUGCGCAGCCGAGCAUGCCAGCCCGAGGAGGAUGUGUGUCAGGGAAUAGUUGAAGAAGGACGGGCCUGCAACCCUCAGCCCUGCAUUGGCAAAGAGCGCAACAGGAGCCAGGGUCUGCGAGCCAUCGUCGGUUUGAAGAGAGACAAUGCUGAUGAUUCUAACCAUGGAGUUGUUGCAACCCAAACAGUAGAUGCUAAGACAGAUGAGUGGUCCCCCUGGAGCACAUGUUCAAUCACCUGUGGAGAGGGAUGGCAGAGCCGCACUCGCGUCUGUGCUACUUCUUCCUUCACCACCCAGUGCACCGGACCCCUGCGUGAGAACCGGCCCUGCAACAAUACAGCCGUCUGCCCCGUUAAUGGUGCUUGGGAUGAGUGGACCCCCUGGAGUCUGUGCUCAUCCACAUGCGGCCGUGGUUAUCGUGAUCGUACCCGCACAUGCAAGCAGCCCCAGAACGGAGGAGAGCCUUGCCGCGGCCCUACAAGACAAACUAAGUUCUGCAACAUCGCUGUCUGCCCAGUGGACGGAUCCUGGAAUGAAUGGUCUGGCUGGAGCUCAUGCACUGCUUCUUGCUCCAACGGCACCAUGCAGAAAAUACGGGAGUGCAACGGGCCAUCCUACGGGGGCUCCGAGUGUCACGGCAGCUGGAAAGAGUCAGUCAACUGCUUCCUGAAAGAUUGCCCUGUUGAUGGUCGUUGGCAUGCGUGGAGCUCUUGGGGCAGCUGCAGCAAGACUUGCGGUGGAAGCGUCCAGCAGAGACAGAGAGUCUGUGAAGGGCCUUUCUUUGGUGGAGAGCCUUGCCCCGGUGAAAAGGGAGAACAGAAGCGUUGCAAUGAGAAGAGAUGCCCUGAGCCCCAUGAGAUCUGCCCUGAGCAGAACGCUGGAGAUGUUGUGUGGAAGAAAACACCCGCUGGAGACAUGGCUGCUGUUGCCUGCCCUGCUGAUGCCUCAGGUCUGAUUCUGCGCCGGUGCACCUUGGACGCUGUAGGUCUUGCCUCCUGGGAGAGCCCAUCUCACAUCAAGUGUGUCUCCAAGAACUAUGAGAACAUUCAGAUGCUGUCAAGGGACUACAACUCCAAAGCGCAGAUAGGGCAGAGUGUGGACGGGAUCACUGAGGUGAUUUCACGCCUGAGAUUCUCCUCCGAUGAGGGGGCCAAGUACAGCGGUGACCUGAUGGCCGUCAUGGAAGUCCUACAGAACACCACUGAACUGUACAAGGGAACCAGACUGAGGUUGAGCAACGCUGAUGUCGAGAACUACGUCCAGACAAUCAGCAACUUAUUGAAGGAGGAACAUCGCGACAAAUGGGAAGAGGCACAGCUGAUGGGUGCCAACAUUAAGGCAUUCCUCCACCUUGUUGAGGACUCUGUGAACAUGAUCGGUAUGCAAAUGAGCGGCUUCCAGGACAUUUACGAAGUCACCGAGAAUUUAGUGAUGAGCAUCCACAAGCGCCCGACGAGCACAGCCGCAAAUUUCACCUUCCCCGUAAAGGGCUGGAGGGGUAUGCUGGACUGGGUCAGGACCUCUGAGGAGAAGAUCUCAGUGUCCCGUGAUGCUCUGUCCAUUGAACAGACUGAUGGCAACGAUGCUUUUGUGACCGGCAUCGUCCUCUACAGAAACCUUGCCUCUAUUCUGUCCUUUCAAAGUAACACCACACUCCUCAACUCCAAGGUGGUGACAGUGAUCGUCAAGCCCACCCCGAAUAUUCUGUCCACCCCUGUUGAGAUCGAGUUCUCCCACCUCCACAAUGGAACCAUGAAUGAGACAUGCCUCUCCUGGGACGAGAGCGAAACUUCCUCUCUGCUUGGGUCUUGGUCUACUCGGAGCUGCAGAGCGGUCCCCGUUCAUUCAUUCAGAACCAAAUGCGUGUGUGACAGCGUCUCCACCUUCGCCAUUUUAGCACACGUCAACUUCGACUCGAUCAUGGACAAGGCACUGCUCCCGUCCGUGACUCUCAUUGUUGGCUGUGGGGUCUCCUCUCUCACCCUGCUGCUCCUCAUCAUCAUCUACGUCUCCGUGUGGAAGUAUAUCCGCUCCGAGCGCUCCGUUAUCCUCAUCAACUUCUGCCUCUCCAUUAUAUGCUCCAAUGCCCUGAUUCUCAUAGGACAAACUCAGGCUCGCAACAAGGUGGUGUGCACUCUCGUCGCUGCUCUCCUGCACUUCUUUUUCCUCUCCUCUUUCUGCUGGGUGCUGACAGAAGCUUGGCAGUCCUACAUGGCUGUCACCGGUCGUCUGCGCAACCGCAUUAUCCGCAAGCGCUUCUUGUGCUUAGGCUGGGGCCUUCCUGCACUGGUGGUGGCUGUGUCUGUGGGUUUCACUAAAGCUAAGGGAUAUGGCACUGUCAACUACUGCUGGCUGUCUCUUGAGGGCGGACUUCUCUACUCCUUUGUUGGCCCUGCUGCAGCUGUUGUCUUGGUGAAUAUGGUCAUUGGUAUUCUGGUCUUCAACAAGCUGGUAUCCAAGGACGGCAUCACCGAUGUGAAGCUGAAGGAGAGAGCCGGAGCAUCACUGUGGAGCUCCUGCGUGGUUCUGCCCCUAUUGGCCCUCACCUGGAUGUCUGCCGUCCUGGCCAUCACCGACCGUCGCUCUGCCCUUUUCCAGAUCCUCUUUGCCGUCUUCGACUCUCUGGAAGGUUUCAUCAUCGUCAUGGUUCACUGCAUCCUGCGUAGAGAGGUUCAAGAAGCUGUAAAGUGCAGAGUAGUCGACCGCAAGGACGACGGCAAUGGAGACUCUGGCAGUUCUCUUCACAAUGGCCACACACAGCUUAUGCAGUCUGAUAACGAAAAGGAUGGAGAUUCAAACAGACAAGGAAUGAUGAGCUCCUCUGAAGAGAAGAUGCCUCCACCUCAGCUGCCUCUUCCCAUGGGCUCCAACUUCCACACGCUGCCAUCCAACCUCAGCAAGAGCCACAUGCAGGCUGUUCCCGAAUAUUCCAGCCACACUCUCACGCUGAAGAGAGAGAAGAGCCGUCUGGUGGGAGGAAUGGACCCAACGUGUGGGAAACCCGUGUACGUCUGCGAGGGGGAGCUUUUCCAUCAGCUGGACGCCGAUCUCGCCCGGGCUCAGGCCGACGGCAGCAUCUCAGACGGCAGCAGUUACGUCCUCAUGCCCAACACUACCUCCACCCUGAGGGUCAAGCCCAAGGAUGACCCGACAAAAUACAACAUCAGCGUGGAGCAGAUGCCACAGGCCAGACUCAUGCACCUCAGCGGGCCCUUUGCAGAGCCCCAGGCUGCCUUCGGGAUCAAGUCCAUCCCCCUUGAUCAGGUCAGCGUGUCCUACUCCGAGAGAGACUCGCCCAUCCAGAACAUCCACAACAUGUCCAGUGAGUCUCACAUCACCCACAGCAGCCUGGAGAACACCUUCGAGUCCAUGAACUCCAUGAUGUCCAAGAGUGAGACCAUCUCCACACUGUCCAUGAGCUCCUUGGAGAGACAGAAAUCCCGUUAUGCUGAGUUGGACUUUGAGAAAAUAAUGCACACAAAGAAACGCCACCAGAACAUGUUCCAGGACCUAAACAGGAAGCUACAUCAUGCUGAGAAAGACAGGGAGUCACCUGCUUCUGACAGCAAGUCUGUGAGAUGGAGUGUGUCUUCAGGAGGAAGUGACAAAACGAACCACAGUGACAAACAGCAGGGACCUCUGGAAAGGCCGUGGGAGGGAGUCCGAGUAAUACAGCAGUCGCCCCCUGCAUGGGUGCGUAAAGACCUGGAGCCCUUAGCCGCCUCGCCUCUGGAGCUGCACUCUGUGGAGUGGGAGAAGGCCGGCACCACCAUCCCUCUGGUGGGGCAGGACAUCAUCGACCUGCAGACAGAGGUCUGAGGCGGAGGAGGGGGGCGCGAGAAGCCACCUGAUUUCACCUUGUUUACCUUUUUGGUUUAGGAAUGGGAUCCUAUAUGGAUAGUAGAGGAAACCAAGAAUGGGAGGAAGUGAGAAAGUAGGUCCCAGAAUCAAUAUCUUCGAACCCUCAACCAGAGCAGGAAGGAAGAGAGAGAAGGAGUGAUGGAGGUGUGGAUAUAUCUGUGGUGAUGGGAUGGUUAAUUUAGCUUCUCUGUGUGGACUUAAAGCAUCUUGUGUCAGAGUGCUCUGAAGGUCAAUGGAUUAGUGGAGCGAUCAGUGGUUUCCAUUGACCAGGACUGGCUAUGGUUCCAUUAGCGCCUCACUGGGAGUUUCCUGAACUCUUCAGCCUGGGCUCAGAAGAUGUGGUCGACAUGUCUGUGCUUCUUUUUUCCUUCAACUCAACUUUGGAGAAAAAUGAUAUAAUAUAAUAUGGCGCGUCCUCCCAGCUUCUCGGGAGGAACCACCGUAAACUCUUGGCUGCUCCUCUUCCAGCUGAAUUACUUUCCAAAAUAGGACAAGGCAAGUGAGCAUAAGGGACAAGUUUCAUGCUUGGAGUCCAACAUUCUGCACUUCAGUAGAUGGGCGCACACAUUUUUGUUUUUUUGGGUUCAUUUGUUUGUUUGUACCGUUUCACAUCUUGAACUUUAAACAGCUUAAGAUGAGACUCUUCCAUGCGACUCUGAACUGAGAAUAUAACUCUUCUACUGGAAAGUGGGCUCAAUCAUAAUGAUGGAGCUUCACACUGCUGUUAUCAUCAUGGUUAUUAUUAUUAUUAUUAUUAUUAUUAUGAUUACUGUCAGUGUUAUGAUUAACAUUAUUAUUGUCAUUAUUGAGUUUAAAGCUUAUAUUUUGAUUUUUCAUACCCCCAUACCCCCAGGUACACGUUCUAUUGUUUUGUGCUGUGACCUACAGCAUUAGGCUCCAAAAUAAAAGAUUCAAUGCAUCUUUAAUGUGUUGUGAGCCCAAAUGGACUGCAUUGGGACUAACAAAUGAGGAUGGUGAUGGAGAUGGUUAAUUACCCAAAAUGUCUCCGGUAUUCUGCUUCAAUACCAAAACACCAGCACCAGGAUGAACACAGACUCUCACACAGGAAGAGCAGUGCACUCUGGAGAAAUGCUGAGUGGAAAUGUGAGGCAGUGGAGGGGAGAAUCCGGCCCUCUCAGUCUGCACAAGGUGCAGGCUCUUCCAUGUUGUACAUGUGGAUUCAAGGGGUCAGCGAGACCUUUCAUCAUCGCCCUUCUGUUUCUCAGCCCUGCAGGACUCUUGGACCGAGCAGAGGCUCCUGGCGCUGGUUUGACUUCCAGUGCAGCGCCAGGUCCUUGAGACUUUUAACACAUUUGUGUUUUCAGCCAUCAGUGUGAUAUAGUGCAAUAUGAUGGGCGCUUGAUGCUCAAGCAAGAUUGAUAAAAAAUGAUUUAGGCAGUAUUUUUUUCUUACCGAUGUUUCAACACUUUUAUACCAUCUUCCUCAUAUUUACUGGGAAUAUAGAUGCUUUAUGAGAAUAUUGUAUGACAAAUCUGUUUUAGUAAUUCAAGGAAUUUAUUCACUAGAGAUUUGUUAGCACAAGACUCCAUAUUUGGAGCGCUUUGUGACAGGUAGAUAAUUAUACUUCUAUAAAGCAAACAUUAUAUAGAAUGAAUUAUAGCCUACUGUAUGAAUAUCUCUAAACUGUGCUUCAGGAUAUUUGUGAUUACUCGACGCAGUGUAGCGAUGGGUAAUUGAACCUCAUGUCUUCUGUAACAAAAUGUUUUUGAUAACCUUGUCAGUAACUCAAUAGUAUGUACUACCAGCCAAAUUCCCUGUCCCCUUCAAACUCCUAUGUCUUACCCUCAACCAGAUGCAUACCUCAAGUUGCUUGUAUUGGAAAGCCAUUUGUAUUUCCUUGUCACAGCUUUGUUUAUUAUGUUCUGUUUUACCUCCUGUAUAUGUACAGUUUUCACAGCACAAGAUGAAUGAGUUAUUUCUAAUAAAAACACAUCCAUAUUACAUGAA